AUGGUAAGACUGAUCAAGGAGGUGUUCAAAAAUGUUUCUCAUGUUUCAGAAAUUCGUCGAAUGGAGUCUAGCAAGGUUUGGUUGCGGAAUAAUUAUGCGCCCGGUGAUCAAGUUCUGAGCCAGUGGAAGCAGUCAGUUCAACUGCGGUUGAGAAGUAUUCAACUCGACAAGGAUAAAAACAAAUCAACAGUUCUCUCAGAGUGGCCACGAUAUCAGGACGAAGACGGAUACUUACUGGUUGACGUUGACUUCGAAUUCCUAUUCCAAACAACAGACGAGCAAGGCAAACUGUUUGUCGAAUGGGAAUGGUUUUGUGAAAACUUCAUUGAAUAUUUUUCAUCAGCUGAUGUCAGAGAUGAUUAUUCCCGUCAGUUAAUUGGCGCACUCGAAGACGGUGAUUAUACAACAGAUACAAGAGACUUUGUGGUAUGUGCAGCAUUCCAUGGUCUUCUCAAACCAGUUAGAACGUCCGCUAAAAAGCUGCCAACGAUUCUUCAAGCACAAACGGAAGAAGAAUUUGCAGGGUCGUUGAAUUCUCAAAGGCAGGAACUGGAAUCGAACGGAACUCAAUUUUCGCCAAGAAUUUAUGCAGUCGGUCCAAUCGAAAAUUUCGAGUCGUUUUAUGUAGUGACGAAUAAGCUGAGGUACAAACUACCAUCCCUUGUACGGUGUCUGGAUGUCGUCGUGAAACUGAAAUUUACGUUGGAUCUGCAGUUCCCGGAAAGCUGUGAACUAUUCUGGGUUUUUAUCAGCAAAUAUUUCUACGAUAUUGACUACACUCAGAAAUCGCGGAACACCCAAAUAUUGCAGUUGCUCGCUUUUUUGAACUCGCGUGAAAAAUGAAAUGCUUUCUAUGCAUGGAGCCCAUGCCAACGUUUCAAACCCUCCUGGAUCAUCUUACAAUAUUCCACAGCACACCGUCAAGCUUCAACUACAAGUGCACGGCUUGUAUACCAACCACUUCAUUUCGUGAUCUAAGUCGUUUCAAAAGACACGUUAAAACGCAACAUGCUGAGUUCUGCUACGAGCAAGGAACAAACAAUACGCCUCUAGGAACAUCGUCGCCGUUGCCGCAUAAACAUCCACCUGCGUUGCAGUUACAAUUAUCCGAAGAAGACCUUGAACAUUCACACGACUGUAAUGAUGAUAAUUUAGAGAAAUCUGAAGAAAACCUUAUGGAUGACGAAGAAGAAAUAUUAGAUGUAAGAAACAGUUUAAGGCAAUCUUUUAUGAAUUUUUCAAUGCAUUUGCUAAGUAAAAAACAUUUCACGAGACAAGAUGUUUUUGAGUUACAACAAAAUAUAACUGACCUUAUAAUUCAA